CGAGCCAGAGCCUCGCGCCUUGCCUUGCUGUAGAGCUAUUUCUGCUCCACGCAAAACAGCAACGCACAUUCUGGCUUGCAGCAGAGCUGGGCAGCAAUGGCACCGAUUCUUGCGUCCAGCUAUUUCCCUCCCUUGGACAAAUGUCUGGGUGGCGAGGAGCUCCUGGUCUCCUGGAAGUCGGUUCUUUCUGCUAUAACAAGCACAUCAGAUAUUGGAGAUGAUCAAACAAUUUUUCUCACGAGCUUCUUGACAAACGAUCAGGUUCUAGAGCUUCUAGAAAAUCCCUACGCCGCGUACCCUCCCCCGUCUGCAGAUACCAAAAAUGCCUUCGACACGAAAACCUCCGCGAUCAACGUCACUCCUUCCUCAAAUGCGCAGUACGACAUCAAAGAAAUCAAGGACGAUGCGUUAUGGCUCAGCAAGGCUGCAAACAUUAACGAAGUCUCUGCGCUUAGAAUAGUAGUGGAGGAGUGUCAAUCGCGGCCCGCCGCUCAAUUGCUUGGACCGUUCUCAGAGGAAGAAUUGGCAAGCAUACGAGAUGCUGCAGGCAACAACAGAUAUUCGAGUUCGAUCCCAGUCGGAUUGAUGUCGCAAGGAGCCGAACCGCAGCAGACACAGAAAGAAUUUAGUCUUCAGGAAAGCCGGCGCAAGCGCAUUCUCAGGACAUACCUUUCCGAAAGGAGACAUCUCUUGAAGUGCUCUGAAAGGAUUUUCCAUCAAGUAUUUCUAGGCUAUGGUCUUGCAGAAGAAAGCAGAGGCAAUGGUUCAGAUUUCGCCAUUGCGCCGAUCUGGCUACAGGAUUUCGGAAUGGGCACAUUCACCAAAAAACUCAAUGCAGACCAGUUCCCCGGUCCUGAUGAAAUCUUGAAUAGGUGCAUUGGAGGUGUAACAAACAAUAUGAAGAAUCUCAUGGCCGGAAGUGGCUGGUUCAGUGAUGAUGGCGGGAGAGAGGAUAUCGAAAUUGAAUGGACGCGGAGCCAGAUUACCGAGGCAAUACAUUCGAUGGAACUCAUGUGGCAGUUUCUACAGAAUUACUGCCAUGAGUCUUGCUCUUCAGAAACUGUCCUGGCCUGGUUUCAUCUUCAGCAAGACUACAGCUUUUUCAACAGCUUUGAUUUGGAAGAAGAGUCAGUUCAGAUGCUGUUCGUUGCUCUGCAGUCUAUUUCGGGAAUUCUUUCUCUAUCAGUACUAGGUCUGGACGCUGCUGUGGGGUAUUUGAGCGAUCCGCUGCUAUCAGAGGUAGCACUCAGCGCACCAGGUCGCGAAAUUUACUUGCGAAACCCUCAAACGAUGAUCGAUAUCACGAAUAUCUUAGUUCAGGCUGCGGAUAAUCGUCUUCACUCUGCAAGCCCUGCUAUUCUUGCCUGGAGUAUCAAUCUUCAAACGAUGACCGACCGCAUGCUUGCUCAAGAAGCAGCAGAAUAUCAUCCAGACGAACGAGCAUCAUCCGUCGAUACGAAUCUUACACUAGGGCCUGAUCCGUACAAAGAAGCCUUGGAGCAAAUAAACGAUAUCCUUGAAGAGGACGUCAUCGACUAUCUUGCUCGUAGUGCUAUUGAUUCAUGCCAAGUCUUUGAUGUUCUUUCAUCACUGGCAUCACAACUUGGCAACACCACGAGUGCGAUUUUCUCGAACUUCGUCGGCGCUGAAAUGCGCGGGAGUAUUCUGAGUCUCAUUCGAUAUAGUGCACGUGUCGGGUAUAAUGCUGAGAUCGUGGGUGCCGCUGUCAUGGCUUUGACUAGCGGGCAAGACUAUUGGGACCUCCGUGACUCGGAUCACAUUUUGGAGAGUGUUGAUCCAGUUGCGAAGUUCUGGAAUGAUCAAGCUUUGAAAGGCGUGCUCUUACAGAACGCUGUCUGGAGAUACCCUUUCGAGUCGAUGCCGUUGUUACAGUUGAUUAGAGCGCUGGCGUAUCGGUCAUCGACGCCACAACAGGAAGCCCAAAAGGGAAAUGACUCAGUGACGGAAGUAGUGCAAGAGAACGACGCCGAGAUUUAUGACCCGAAAACAAUUGCAGAUAUUCUUGACGCCAUGCCAUUCUUCACAUAUGCUCUCCCGCCGAAUUUCGUGGAUUACGAAACAACACAAGAAGAGGAGAAUAAUAAUAAUAUAAGACUCACUAAGGGGAUCCAUCUAUUUGUCCCUCGGUCUUACACUUUGAGAAGCCUCUCAAGCCAAUCUUCGUCGUUGGUGUCUCAGGAUUCCGAUUUCUACAUCCCGGCGGGAACCAUUGGACGAAUUGUUUCCGAAUCAGAUCCCAAGGUAGCAUAUUGGUAUCAUCAGUACUCUGGAUUUGCAUAUCUAGGAAAGUUGCUUGAAACCUUCCUUGCGGCGAGCGAUCUUGUCGAUGUUACUACCGGACAACCUGCCGAUCGGGAAUCUGUGAGCGAGAUAAUUGAGAUAUUUGCAGUACUUGUUUCAACCCCCAAGUCGAGAUUGCCGUCUUUCGAGGCAGCCACGGAAAUUUUCGAGAAAGCAAGCUCAGGUUUGAGUCAUGAACGGGAUAUUAUUGGUGUUAUAUUCGACAUUUUCCAGGAAGAGCUGCAGAAUCAAUCCGCAAGCUUUGGAGCCGAAGUUCCAUUGGACAUCCUGGUCAGUUGUGUACACUUUAUCCACGCACUGAUUCCGCUAUACCCUGCACGGGUGUGGCCCCUCCUUACUCAUAGUGGCCUCCUUGAUCUGGGUAGAGGCAGUGGGAAAUUGCCUGUUAUCGUUGAAGGUGUUGAACUCGUUUCAGGGAAAUAUAAUCUCCUCGUAUCUUGCUGUCGCUUGUUCGACUCCCUAGUUGAAGAUUACGCCACCAAUGCGAUUAGAAGGAGAAGCAAUAUCCUACCGUCCAAAUUCAGGCUUGCGAGCAGCCGCCACCAAUCAUCUCGCGAUAUAUCCACCGGAAUACCAGAAAGUACCGCCUCAACUAUUAUCUUCUCAUUCGUUCGAUAUUUUGUCGAGGUCCUGGAGAGCUCACGAACGUGGAAAUAUGAUCUGCAAGAUGAUCGCCGGCGGAUAGGCAAGAUUAUCGGAACUUCAUUCAAUAAAAUACUGAAAUACGCUUUUGGCAUUGAAGCGCCGGUGGAGCUCGAGGCUGCAGAGACCCAGGAUGUGGCCAACUUUGGAAAGUCUUUAGUCCCUUUUUCACCAAUGACAGAGCAAAAUGGGGAAAUGCGAGAUGAUAGGCGGACCAAGGUCAUGGAAGGCUUGAUGCUCGGCGCCUCGCAUAUCAUCGAGAGUUUCCUGUCGGCGUCAUCGGGAACUCUGAGGUUCCAGCCGCUCCUACGGUCAUAUUUCGAUGGUUUGGAAACUCCAGAAACCACUGUGUAUCUGAAUCUGCUCGAACUAUGGACGAGUCAUGUUGGGUCGAUACUCUCCCUCUCGCAAUCAUUACUCCGAGUCAAAACAAUGCUUGGGCUGCUGCCCUCUCAACUCGAGGCCCAAAUUUUCAAAUCUUCAUCGCUCAUUGCGCGCCUCUAUGCCGCUCACGAUAUGUAUAAGACCAAUGUGGUUGGUCUCUUCGAGGCUCUCAUUGUCACUGCGUCGAGUGAUGAAGCUUAUGAGCCUCCUUCUCUGCUUGGACACCUCGGCCCACAUACUGCCAGGAACUUCCUCCAUUGCCUCUCAGAUCUUGACAAGCCGCUGUCGAGGCAAGCAAAUAUCACUACAAUAUGGCAUUUCUUAUCUAUGGUCAUGAAUAGCCGGCAACAAUGGUUCGCUAACUACCUGCUUACUGGAAAGACCCCAAGAGACGCCAUGAAGGUGAAGUCUGGCGCGAAAGAAUUGGUGGCUUUGGAUACAUCGCUCCUCUCCACAGCUCUCGAUGCACUCUCCAGAAUUAAUGAGCUGCCGCAGCCCGCAUCACUUGCAAUGCUCGAAUUUGUUGCGCUGGCUCAAAAUUAUUGGCCAUGGACAGUCUGCAAUUCACCACAAUAUAAAGCCUUCAUCGAUUCGAUGCAGGAGUUUGUGGGAAGGUUGAAGCCACUCGGACAAUCAAAAGAUCAGAUCCAAAGUCUCAUAGAGGACUGCUAUCAGACUCGCAUCGCGGCGUUUGUUGCAGAAAUUUUGGCUAUGCAUCUCUUCCACUCACGCCAGACGGGGGCUUCUGUGCAGCUGAAGUCUUUAAUCACAAAUCUCUCAUACUUCAAGAGAUUUGCGGCGGCUGUCCCGGAUUACAAACAGUCUCUCCACAGCCUAUUGAAGAAGAAUUUUGAAGCAAGAUUUCCAGGAUCCACUAUAGGGGAUUUGAAGCGGAGCCCUUUGGCAAGCCGUCAACUUGGCACUGGAUACUUCUACGAUACCUCGCUUGCCGAUCAAAUGUUAUCACUUGACCAGGGGUGGUAUGGAGUAAAGGGAAACGGACUUCGUGAGGAUGUCUACAGAGCUAACGUCAACCUGUCGCUCGUCGAUGCUCAAAUUGCACUGUUCCAUAGCUGGAAAUAUCUGUCCAUCGAGCUAAGUAGUAAUGUCGCUGCUGAGCCGGAGGUGCAAACAUUGCUGUCAGCAGUUGUGACCAACUGCUUAGUAGCAAAUGGGCAAAGUCAGCCUCCUGAAGAGAUCUUCUCGACACUAUCCCAAACCCGUGCAGACUUUGCGCUUGUUUUAGGUCAACGUUUGGUUCAAGCAAAGUCUUCCAUUCCUGACAUGCAGCGACUUCUGCCUACUGUCUGGAAGACAAUUGAGAACCUUCGGGGGUCCUUCGACAAGCCACUCCUUGUCGACGAUGUGCUCUAUUACAGGUCAUUACUGAAGCUGCUCUUCCUAGCAAUACGUGUCCAUGCCGAGUCACCAUCUCAAAACGAAAACCUUGGAGCAUCAACACGAGCUAGUCAAUCUGCAGCCAUACCGACUAUCCUUAGCAUUUUGGAACAUGUCGUUGCGAAAGGUCUUCGUGAGCUUGCUACAUCUAUCCAUGAUUCUCCAGCGGAGUCUUCACCAGAAGAUCUUGCACUUAUCACUGGUAUCCUACAGUCAUGUCUACGUAUUCCUGGGAUCGAGCUUAACCAUGGACAAAUUGUGGUAAUGAUGGUCAAUAGCUCAGCACCACUCUUAGCUGUCAAGCUCUUCUCCUGGGCGGAAACUCUCACCAUAGAUGGUGAUCCAAUUUAUGGAGAGCUGAGCAUUCUUUUCCUUCUCGAGCUGUCUAGUAUGCCUCCAAUGGCGGAACAAUUAGCAGUCAGUGGUAUUCUGAGCCAGAUCUACUCCGCCGGCAUCAUAUCAUAUUUCCGACGUCCUGGUGUAAGUCCCUUUGCUGAAACCGCUGGGCUUCAACGCUGUUACAGCAUUUGGGCUCGUGGCAUCUUACCAUUACUUCUCAACCUCCUCGACGCUGUUCAGUCAUCCAUUGCGAUCGAAGUCGCUCAAUUUCUCAACCAGUUCCCUCUCAUGCUCGGACACAGCGAGCAAGCCUUUGACGCCCCAGAAACAGAUCGCAUCAUUCCAAAGGGGCAGACUAAGUACAUCACCGCCACCAUCUGCUCCGAGGUCCACUCGAUGUCAUUACUGGUAUACAUCCUCACUGGUUUCAGGGAAGCCUUGGUCUCUACGAUGGACAUCCCAGAUGUCAAAUGGGACGCAGCCGGCGUAUUAGAGAAUGUACUGUUCUGGCUACAACCAGGCUCUAGUUCUCUCCUGAGAAGCCGCAUCUUACCUAUGGGUGAGAGGGAGGUAGAAGACGUGCGGAAAUCAAAGAGUGCAGGAAAGACAGUCAGCACACUAGAAGUUAAAAUCGUGGCGGAGUUGAGAGGCAUUCGGGAUGUGCUUGGCAGUGUGGAUAACUCGUAAUCAACGGAGAUGGAGAUGCAGGUGAAAAAGGGGCAUUCAUGGCGUUUCGGUUUGGGCCUUAGAAAAGAUGACACCGGAUGGUAAUUGGUUAUAUGAAGGUUGCAAGGUGUUGAGAUUAGUCGGCAUGCGUACGUGCAUGUAUGGUAGAUACCAGGCAAAUAAAAUAAGACCGCUUUUACAGAC